AUGGCAUCCCCACCACCACUCGAAACAUUCACCAACCUCCCCAUCCUACCCCUCAGCGCGGCCCUGUCUCCCGACACAAAACCCCAGUUCCUGGCCGACCUGCGCUCCGCCCUGCUGCACGUCGGCUUCCUCUAUCUGACCGACACGGGUUUGCCCGACGACGUGGUGCACGGCGUUGUGCGCGAGUGCGUCGCCUUUUUCGACACGCUGCCGCUGCACCAAAAGGAGCGCAUUGAGAUGAAGAAUGAAAAGAGUUUUCUGAGCUGGUCGAGGGUCGAUAAUGAGACCACGGCUUUGAAUCCAGACCAUCGAGAGCAACUCGACCUCUCUACUCCGCACCCUGUUCCCGGCCCUGAUGCCCCCAUCUAUCACAACCUUCUCGCCCCAAACCAAUGGCCAUCGCCAGACUAUCUGCCAGACUUCCGGCCAGUGUACGAAGACUACAUACGACGCAUGUCGCACAUUGCUACCUUGUUCACGUCGCUCAUUGCCGAGGCCAUUGGGCUUCCCCCUACCGCGUUUGACAAGUUCUUUGACCCGGACCAACAGCACAAGCUUAAGAUUGUCAAGUAUCCCGAGGUACAUGUGCCCGACCUGCCGCCAGGAGCCACUGAGAUGGAGCGGAAAAAGUGGGAGGUCAAGCGGCAAGGCGUUGGCCCACACAAGGAUAGCAUGCUAACCAGCUAUCUGCUGCAAGCGUCCAAUCAACGGGGACUGCAGGCGCAAAAUGCGAGAGGCGAGUGGAUAGACUGUCCGCCCAUACCAGGCACUCUGGUAGUGGCUAUAGGACAGGGCAUGGAAGCCUUGACGGACGGCGUCUGCGCGUCAACCACGCAUCGAGUCCUCAGUCCACGCAAGGGAGAAGGGGCACGGUACUCUGUGCCCUUCUUCCAGGGCGUAAGCUACGACGCGCGGUUUGAGGCCAUGGACGUGCCCGACGAGGUAGUGCGGCUGCGGGACGAGGCUCGGAAGCAGCCAAGGGACGACGUCGAGUUUACCUUUGUCAAGGGGCGAUGGGGCCACCUGGGCGAGGCGACGCUCAUGAACCGGAUCAAGAGCCAUCCUGACGUAGGCGAGCGAUGGUAUGCAGAGCAGCUGAAACAGAUUCGCGGGCAGCAGCAAGCAGCGAUGGUGACGAGGGCGUAG